AUGUUUUCUUUUCAAGAAUGUCUGCUCCCAAUGAGUCGCUGCCUGGUGGUGUGCUGUACUUUCUAUCUGUCUUGUGAAAGAGUUCACAUCUUUGCUGAUAGGUACAUGCACAUCUUUGAUAUUAUGCUGGCUUUUGUACAAUUCGUUGCUCUACAUGGAACACUGUUGAUGGCUUCAACCUUUUCAUUCUAUGCUCUCUCUGGAUCUCGCCUGGAAACAUCACUUUUAUAUUGCCCUAAAAACUGA